AUGGUGGAUUCAAGGCGCUACAUGGUUACUAAGGUAACAGAUCCCGUUAUUGGAGGUGGAAUCGCUUUCUUAUCUGUAGGGAUGCCAUGCGCCGUGUCUAGUAGGUCAGCGUCAAGAGGUAGACCAAACUCCACUCCAAUAGCCCCAACUUUACAAGGGAAACUUCCUUCAAAGGUCUAUUCAACGUUGAUCGCUGCGAUAGAUACGUUUGAUUUGGAUAUGGGCAGUGGCAGAUUGCGUCGUCUGGCGUUAAAUGCUUGCAGUAACGAAUCAGAAACUGACGUGGACUACUACAAAGUGCUCUCUUUGCCCAUAGACUGCACUGAUGCUGAGAUAAAAUCGCGACACGAGGAGCUGAAGCAGUCACUCAAAUCACUUCCAUCUGUGGACCGUUGUAUCGCAAAAAAGAUUAAGGAGGCAUACAAGGUACUCUCCAAUCCCGCUUCACGUGCUUUGUAUGACCAAAAGUUGAAGCGCAAGUUAAGUGCUUUGCCAUCACCAGAGGAUACAGAUGAACAAACAGACGAUGACUAUAACUUAGAUGACAGCGUGGAGCUUAUUUCGGAACCCGAUGCCGAUUAUGAGAUUGAUGUCACCGAACAAGACACAUCCAAUCAGAAGCACACUGGAUUGACCGGUUUUCUCGGAAGCUUGCUCGGUUUUAAUCGCGAUUCAGGGUUAAAGAAAGUUCCAGCUGCACGAACCGGUGAUGCACGGACUACGGUGAACGUAGAUUUGAAAAAUUUAGUGUUUGGCGGGACCGUAAAGGUGAUGGUGGAUAAAUUAUGCAAUUGUCCAGACUGUAACUCUACUAAGAGCAGUCAACAGAAGUAUAUCUCACGUUGUGCUAAGUGUAGAGGCCAUGGCAUGAUUUCUAAGAGUCAGCGCACACCUUUCGGAUAUAUCUCCACAUCUCGUACUUGCACAUCGUGCAAUGGGCGUGGCAUAUCGCGUAUUCAGGACUGUGUUCGUUGUAAUAACACAGGUCGUACUCAGCAGCAAGCUUCGGUUGAUUUGGAUAUUCCAGCUGGUACCAAGGAAGGUUCGACAUUUAGGAUUGAGGUGGACACUUUCUGCGGACCGAAACAAGUCGUCGUUCCACCGGGAACACAACAUGGUGACGAAAUCGCUGUAGGAAAUUAUGACGGCAAAGCCCACUUGAUUGAGGAGUGCGGACUUAAAGAUAUCAACAUAGAAACAGAGAUUGAUGAUAUGAUCAAAAGACUUGUCUAUAUACCCGUGUACAAUGUCCGAGAUGUACCUGCAUUGGUUGUUGCCCUCGAUGUUUACUUCAAAUCCAAGGAUACACGAGCGCUGGUAAUCGACUCACUUUUGGCUAAGCCGGGUAACAUGGACGAUGACAUAGUGGAAACAUCCCUACAUCUAUUGCACCACCUACAAAAGAAGCACAACCUUAUGGUACUAUACACGAAACGUGAGGAAUGCGGAUUUACUGUACCUUUCUAUGUGACUCUUACCCACCAUCCGGUUUUCUGCGAAGAUGACUCUACGUCUUCACCUGUUUACUUUGAAACACCAAUCAAUAAUGAUUGUGCAGCAGAUACGCUCACUUUAGGCCUGCCCGUCGAUUGGAUGACAUUAGAGGUUGACGCAAAUAGAACUGGCAAAAUAGCAUCAGGGUUCGUUCAGCCUAGACCUAAUCGCAUUACCGAGAAAACAAAAGCAUCGGAAAGGCAUUGUUUUCAUGGUAUUGAUGCAGCUUUCGGCGCGGAUAUAUCAGGUGAGGAAGCUACAUCUCACCACGGUGUAACAGUAUGUCUGCUCCCCGGCCGCAGACCAUUGACAGAAUGGCACGACUACGUAGGGUGCAUAUACAAGGUUACUAAUCAACAUCGUGACAAAAACAUUCGGCUUGCCGAACUAUGUGAAAUGGACGGACGGAGAACGCUAUUAAGAGUGAAUUGUAUAUUAAAUAUGUCGAGUGGCGUUGAGCUGUCUGAAGAUGGAGACCUUACUCUGUAUUCAACGCUCGCCAUGGAAUCCGACAUUGUGAGUACUCCAGACUCGUUUAAAAACAAGACGUCAACCACAGAUCCCUCUUUAAGGACCGUUAAAACAAGCGCCACCACGAGAUCUCCUUCUCGUCAGAACUCUAAAGUAUUUCGCCCUAAGAGGAUGUCGGUGGACAUCGAUACACUUCGCAAGCUACGAUUUGGAUUAUUCAUCAUUAAUAGGGACAGCUCGUUACGUUCUCAGUCAUUUGUACUACAAGGCUAA